AUGGAGAUGAGCACCGAACCUUCGCCCGUGGUCGCCGCGGCCGCGUCUGUCCCCGCCGACCACGUCCCCCUCCUCGCGGGCGUCCGCCUUUUUAUGUUCGGCGCCCGGGACCAGCUCAACUCAUACGAUCUGCGCCACCUCUCCGAGGUCCCGGACGGCGAUCGGCCCCCGGCGCCGGCUGACCUGACGAACAUCGCGAAUUUCUUCCGGGAGUCACCGUCAUCCAACGGCGGUCUGGACGCCGUCGCUCUAGGUCUCUGCGGCUGCGAGGUCGACAAACCCGUCGUCUUUGCGCUACAGACGCUCACAGUCGUCGGGACGGACACGGUGCGGAUUUCGAAGACCGCCGUGGACAUGACCCUCAUGCCGCACCUCCCUCUGCAGUCGCUGCUCGAUCAUUUUGCGGCGCAGGUGCCCCGCUUCGCCCGGCAAUUACUACCGGGCGCACGCUACGUCGCCUGCGAAAAGGUGGACUCCUCGCGCACGGGAUAUCUAUGGGACCCCGACUCCCAGCGACACCUCCCCUUCGAGAUCUGGCAACCCGGCCCCGGCUACGCGAGCGUCCUUCCCUCCAACGCCACGGGCGUCGCGUUUCUGCGCGCCGAACUGAACGCUCCGGGCGCCGCGGCGACGGCGUAG